AUGGCGGCCGAGAAAUUGUUGUGGGUUACCACUGUGCUCCUUCGUCUGUGGCUGGGAGCAACAGACCUGUGCUAUGCCCAAUCGACUCUCCUGACCUUCCAAGACCUUCUGCCAGAAGACCCGAGACUGUAUGACAAGAUGAGGCCACCGAAGAUCAACGAACAGCCCACCAUCGUCAACUUCCAUGUCACCGUCAUGGGGCUUGAUUCCAUUGAUGAAACAUCCAUGACAUACGCAGCUGACAUAUUCUUCGCUCAGACAUGGAAAGAUCAUCGCUUAAGGUUACCAGAGAAUAUGACUACGGAGUACAGGCUUCUAGAAGUAGACUGGUUGAAGCACAUGUGGAGACCAGACUCAUUCUUCAAGAACGCAAAGUCAGUGACGUUCCAAACGAUGACAAUCCCCAACCACUACGUGUGGCUAUCCAAGGAGAAGACUAUCCUGUACAUGGUGAAGCUGACGCUGAGGUUAUCUUGUGCCAUGAACUUCCUGAUAUACCCUCAUGAUACACAGGAGUGUAAGCUGCAGAUGGAGAGCUUGUCCCACACGACAGACGACCUGAUCUUCCAGUGGGAUCCUGACGUUCCUCUCGUGGUGGAUGAGAACAUCGAACUGCCUCAGCUGGAACUGGUCCAGAACACCACCGCUGACUGUACUCAAGUGUAUUCCACCGGUAACUUCACAUGCCUGGAGGUGAUCUUCAAGCUGAAGCGACGUCUGGGGUACCAUUUGUUUAACACAUACAUACCGACCUGUCUAAUCGUCAUCAUGUCUUGGGUCUCAUUCUGGAUCAAACCGGACGCUGCACCAGCACGAGUCACCCUGGGAGUGACGUCCCUUCUCACACUAUCCACACAGCAUGCCAAGUCGCAGGCACAACUACCACCUGUCUCCUAUCUGAAGGCUGUUGAUGCCUUCAUGUCUGUUUGUACUGUAUUCGUGUUCAUGGCUCUGAUGGAGUAUUGCCUGGUGAACAUCGUAUUGGGAGACGGUGCUAAAGUCAAGGAUGCAGCAGAAGCAGCCAAAGCCAAGAUGAGAGCGAUCAGCAUCGACAGGUUCUCCCGCGUCUUCUUCCCUCUCCUCUUCUCAGUGCUCAACGCCAUCUACUGGAUACACUUCGCCCAGUACAUCUGA